AUGUCCGCCAACGGCAAGGACAACAAGAAGUGGGAUGAUUCCGCCGAGAAGGACCUUGCCAUGGCUAUCAUUCUGAGCCAGAAUGACGGCAAGAUCAAGGCGGACUGGAACAAAGCCCACGAGUCCAUGAGCGACUGGGGCUAUAGCUUCACCAAGGACGCCAUGAACCAACACUGGUCCAAGAGGGUCUUAAAGUCCUUCAAGGAGCGACACAGCAUGCCCACCGACGCGAAAAAAUUCACCCCGGUCAAAAACACCGCUCCAGCCACUCCUCAGAAGAGCACGGGCAAGGGUUCUGCGAAGAAGACGAAGAAGGUCAGGGCCGAAGAGGAGGCAAUGGGUGACGAGACGCCUAGCAAGAAGCGCAAGCGACAGGCCAAGGUUGAGGAGCCCAAGACCGAGGACUCCGGAGACACUGAUGAAGCGGAGGAGCUUGCAUCGGGCACGGACGGUGCCAAGUUUAAGGAGUGGCUCAAUGGUUUCACAGCCUAG